AAAGAAAAAAACAAAGACUCAUUUUGUGGUAGAUUCAUCUGGGCAGAAACAUAAAAAUUACACCAGGACGCUGUUUUGCUGUAAUAGAAGUGGGACAUACAAAGCAAAAGGCAAAGGUGAAAGACAGCUAAAAGCACAAGGGACUUCCAAAACAGGUUUCUCUUGCACAGCUACUGUCAUACUAAAAGAUUUUGGCAAUCGUUUUGAAGCUGUAUAUUUUAAAGAACAUUACAAGCAUGAAAAAUCCCUUUGUCAUCUCCCUAUUCCUAAACAAGAAAAGCAAAGUAUAGCAGGUAAAUUAUUGCAGGGGGUGGAAGAGAAACGAAUUUUGCAAGAUGCAAGAUUCUCUUCGAGAGAUGAUAUUGAAACAAAACAGUUAAUAACGAGAAAAGACCUGCAUAACAUUAAGAGGGAUUUUGGUCUGAGCAUUAAUUCUAAAGGAUUAAUUUUAACAGAUGAUGAGACAAGUGUUUGGUCCUGGGUUAAUACGAUGUCGCAAAUGGAAUUCAACCCCGUUCUGAUGUAUAAACGUCAAGGAGAAAAAUAUGCAAAUGUAAACGAAAAUGAUUUCAUGUUAGCAAUAAUGACAGAAGAAUUAAAAAAAAAAAAAAAUGUUGAUAGAAUUUGGUAA